UUAGCUAGCCACUGACGACACUUUAGCUAGCUAGUUAGCAGAACAGUAGAUCAAAAAAUGAUAUUGUAUUACUUAGCCUAGAUAAUUCUUUUGUACAGUAUGUUGACUUUUAUUUCAGACUUUAUGACAUUUUUCAAGGAUGAGCAUUAGAGCAUUAAAAGGGGAAGACCACUAAAAGUCUGGCCAUGUGGAGAAGUGCAGCUAUUGUGAGGGGCAACUUACCGGUUUAGUCAGAGCCAGCAUGAGGGAUAAAGUUUAUCCUGUGUCGUGGUGGGGGAGUGCCAAGAUGGGGGAACGGAGGUUUCAACACAGCGCACACAACACGUCAACUAGUGUGUUUUCAAGAUAUCAGUGUGCGCCAUAUAAACGUCAUAACCAAGCGACGACAAGAAGCAGUGGAUGUAAACAAAUAUACAGACGUUGCAGCCACCAGAAAAUGACAACGCUAACAAGACAAGACCUCAAUUUUGGACAAGUGGUGGCUGACAUCUUGUGUGAGUUUUUGGAAGUGGCUAUUCAUCUCAUCCUCUAUGUACGAGAGGUGUACCCAUCUGGAAUAUUCCAGAAGAGAAAGAAAUACAAUGUACCUGUACAGAUGUCAUGCCACCCAGAGCUGAACCAAUACAUCCAUGAUACUCUUCACUGUGUAAAACCCCUCAUUGAGAAGAAUGAUGCAGAAAAAGUGGUUGUGGUCAUCAUGGACAAAGAGCAUCAUCCAGUUGAGAGAUUUGUCUUUGAGAUUUCACAGCCUCCUCUUUUAUCCAUCAGCUCUGAUACAUUGCUGUCACACGUGGAACAGUUACUGAGGGCGGUUAUCCUGAAGAUCAGUGUAUGUGAUGCAGUUCUGGAAAACAACCCACCGGGAUGUACGUUUACAGUGCUGGUCCACACCAGGGAGGCUGCCACCCGCAACAUGGAGAAGGUUCAGGUCAUCAAGGAUUUUCCAUGGAUAGUUGCAGAUGAGCAGGAAGUACACAUGCAGGAGCCCAGACUCAUACCCCUGAAGACCAUGACAUCAGACAUUGUGAAAAUGCAACUGUAUGUGGAGGAGAGGGCACAAAAGGCUUCAUAGAUCAAGCUCGACUAAAAAAGAUGGCAAUCUCCGCACUGCAGCUGCCACAAUAAUCAACUAGAUGAGGUGUGCAUUUGGGAAAGUGGGGAUCUCUGGAUCUUCAUUCUAAUGCUUGAACUGUGAAAACUUUGAGAAAAAUACUGUUUUUUUUUGUCAUAGUUUGACUUGGCAAGAGGGGAUAUGCAGAGUCAGUUAUCGGUUCAGCACUGUAUCAUUGCUCAUCACAAUGAAAAUCAUUUAGUAUGUACAUAGUUAUUACAGCAAAGCCUAAGGGGAAUGAUCUGUGGUAUAGUGGGCACUUUUGUUCCCAUUCUAUUUGUUUCCAGUUGGUGUAUAAAGCAAUGUUUAAAUGUACCAUAGGCUGCGUUUACACAAGCAGCCCAAUACUGAUAUCUUUUCCCCUAAUUGGUCUGACCAAUCACAUCUCUUGACAGAUCUUUUUUCAGAGCUGAUCUGGUUAAACAAAAGAGCAAUUAGUGACAAAAAGAUCUGCAUUUGGCUGCCUGUCUAAAUGCAGCCCUUUUGUGUUGUAUGAAGCUAUGUUUACACUAUGAUGUUAAUUAUUGUGUUCACUAAAACAUGUUUUUUGGGGCAGUCUCAGGUGGAUAUGGUCUACCUGGUUAAAGUUCUAGACCAGGGCUCUCUAACCCUGUUCCUGGACGGCAGCUCUCGAUGAACAGAGUUGGAUAGCCCUGAUUCUAGACAGUCGAUAACAGGGAUGACCAAACAGGUUGCAUGGUUUGAUAUUGUAAGUGUUGAACAUUGACAUUGGUCCAUAAGAAAGUACUCAACCCAAACUGCAAAAAUGCUUUGUGAAUAAAUGUGGAUUUAGCAUUUUUGAUUUUAAUAUUUGAGUUUUGUUUUUUCAUAAUGCAUUCUACUUUGGAAAAUAAAGUGUUUUAGUAGACUGUAA